UGAACUCCGCAUUCGACGAAGAAACGCGAUUGGUGCCGAUCACAACCCUGGUGAUUCCGCAACACAUAGCCGGAGCGUGCGAGAGGAGCCAAACUGCAACUCUUAACACAUGUUUAAUUAACCAAUUCAGACGGAUCGUAUUUAGAUUUAUCGAUUUAAAAACGAGUGGAAGACGACGGCGGCGUUCAACUGAUGUGACGUCGACAUGAAAUCUUGCUAAAGGUCUCACGAGAAAGCUAGCAGAACCGAGCCGGCGAAUUUAAGCAGAGUCAACAUAGCUUUAGCCUGUUAGCUUCUGGUUAGCAAAGAGCCGUUAAUUCGUCCGUUGUCGGCGUACACCUGCGUCCCACGCUGUCCUGCGUACAACUACCUGUCAGCUUACCGUGGACUUUAUUCAGCAUUUGACUCCGUACUUUUAUUUAAAAAAAAAAAUUAACGCGUGGGAGCAGACCGGGCGGAGGAACAGGAUACUGCCUGGUUAAAGGUUAGGAGCAACGGGAACUAGCUGUGUCCUCGACCUACCGUUAACCAUGGACAACGCUCACACGAAGACGGUGGAGGAAGUUUUUAGCUUUUUCAACGUGAACGAGAGCACAGGCCUGAGUUUAGAAGAUGUGAAGAAACAGCGGGAACGAUAUGGAGCUAAUGAAUUACCGGCAGAAGAGGGCAAAUCUCUGUGGGAGCUGGUAAUUGAACAAUUUGAAGAUCUGCUUGUGAGGAUCCUUUUACUUGCUGCUUGCAUAUCCUUUGUGCUGGCCUGGUUUGAAGAGGGAGAAGAAACUGUCACAGCCUUUGUGGAGCCUUUCGUUAUCUUGCUUAUUCUUAUAGCAAAUGCCAUUGUAGGAGUCUGGCAGGAACGAAAUGCAGAAAAUGCCAUAGAAGCUCUAAAGGAAUAUGAGCCAGAGAUGGGGAAAGUGUAUCGCCAGGACAGGAAAAGUGUCCAAAGAAUUAAAGCCAGGGACAUUGUGCCUGGUGACAUUGUAGAAGUGGCUGUUGGUGACAAAGUGCCUGCAGACAUCAGACUGACUUCUAUAAAGUCAACCACUCUGAGGGUGGACCAGUCGAUUCUGACAGGAGAGUCCGUAUCUGUGAUCAAACACACAGAUCCGGUGCCAGACCCACGAGCUGUCAACCAGGAUAAAAAGAACAUGCUCUUUUCUGGUACAAACAUCGCCGCAGGUAAGGCUGUAGGUGUGGUGGUGGCCACAGCCGGGAACACUGAGAUCGGGAAAAUCCGAGAUGAGAUGGUGGCGACCGAGCAGGAGCGCACGCCCUUGCAGCAGAAACUGGAUGAGUUUGGGCAGCAACUAUCCAAGGUCAUCUCACUGAUCUGCAUUGCUGUUUGGAUAAUCAAUAUCGGACAUUUCAACGACCCUGUCCACGGUGGUUCCUGGAUCCGAGGGGCAGUCUAUUACUUCAAGAUUGCAGUGGCUCUGGCAGUCGCUGCUAUUCCAGAGGGUCUGCCUGCUGUCAUCACUACCUGCCUGGCUUUGGGAACACGCCGCAUGGCCAAGAAGAAUGCCAUUGUCCGCAGCUUGCCCUCCGUGGAGACCCUUGGCUGUACAUCUGUCAUCUGUUCUGACAAAACGGGCACUCUGACCACCAAUCAGAUGUCUGUCUGCAGGAUGUUUAUUAUCGAUAAAGCAGAAGGGGAGCACUGCACAUUAAAGGAAUUCACUGUUACCGGCUCCACAUACGCCCCAGAGGGAGAAGUCUUUCACAAUGGUAAACCAGUAAAAUGCUCCCAGUAUGAUGGCUUGGUUGAGCUGGCCACUAUCUGUGCUCUAUGCAAUGACUCAUCACUGGACUAUAAUGAGACAAAAGGUGUAUAUGAGAAGGUGGGAGAGGCCACAGAGACUGCUCUGACAUGUCUGGUGGAGAAGAUGAACGUGCUUGAUACGGACAUUAAAAGCUUGUCCAAAGUGGAGCGAGCCAAUGCCUGCAACUCUGUGAUCAAGCAGCUCAUGAAGAAGGAAUUUACUCUGGAGUUUUCCAGAGACAGGAAGUCUAUGUCUGUAUACUGCACUCCAAAUAAAAUGAGGUCUCCUUUAGGCAAGAUGUUUGUUAAGGGUGCCCCAGAGGGAGUUAUUGACAGGUGCACACACGUCCGUGUGGGCAGCAGCAAGGUGCCCAUGACCCCUGCUAUCAAGGAAAAGAUCAUGUCUGUGAUUAGAGAGUAUGGGACUGGCAGAGACACUCUGCGCUGUCUGGCUCUGGCAACGCGAGAUAACCCUGCAAACAAAGAGAGCCUUGUAUUGGAGGAUUCCUCUCGCUUUGUGGAAUAUGAGACUGAUCUAACAUUUGUGGGCUGUGUUGGCAUGCUGGAUCCUCCCAGAGCAGAAGUAGCAGCUUCUAUUAGGCUUUGUCGUCUUGCUGGCAUCAGAGUAAUUAUGAUCACUGGAGACAACAAGGGUACGGCAGUGGCUAUUUGCAGACGUAUUGGCAUUUUUGGAGAAGAUGACGAUGUUUCCAGCAUGGCUUUCACUGGCAGAGAGUUUGAUGAUCUCUCACCUGCUGCGCAAAGGGAUGCUGUGGUCAAGGCUCGCUGCUUUGCUCGUGUUGAACCCGCGCACAAGUCCAAGAUUGUCGAGUAUCUGCAGUCCUAUGAUGAGAUUACGGCUAUGACUGGCGACGGUGUGAACGAUGCUCCUGCUCUGAAGAAGGCCGAGAUCGGCAUUGCCAUGGGCUCAGGAACGGCUGUGGCUAAAACUGCCUCAGAGAUGGUGCUGGCUGAUGACAACUUUGCCACCAUCGUAGCUGCGGUGGAGGAAGGCAGAGCCAUUUACAACAACAUGAAGCAGUUCAUCAGAUACCUCAUAUCCUCUAAUGUUGGGGAGGUUGUCUGUAUUUUCUUGACAGCAGCUCUGGGAUUCCCUGAGGCUCUCAUCCCCGUCCAGCUGCUCUGGGUCAACCUGGUUACUGAUGGGCUGCCUGCCACUGCUUUAGGAUUCAACCCACCCGACUUGGAUAUUAUGAGCAAACCUCCACGGAAUGCCAGGGAGCCCCUCAUCUCCGGAUGGCUUUUCUUCAGAUACCUUGCCAUUGGGUGUUAUGUUGGAGCUGCUACAGUUGGUGCUGCUGCUUGGUGGUUUGUUGCUGCUGAGGAUGGACCAAGGAUCACCUUUUACCAGCUGAGUCAUUUCCUGCAAUGUGGCCCUGAAAAUCCAGACUACCAGGGUGUGGACUGUAAGGUGUUUGAGUCCCCUUACCCCAUGACUAUGGCCCUGUCGGUACUGGUUACUAUCGAAAUGUGCAACGCCCUCAACAGUGUGUCAGAGAACCAGUCGCUGCUGCGGAUGCCUCCUUGGGAGAAUGUGUGGCUGCUGGGUGCCAUCUGCCUCUCCAUGUCCCUUCACUUCCUCAUCCUCUAUGUGGAGCCUCUUCCAAUCAUCUUCCAGAUUACACCUCUCAAUCUGACCCAGUGGUUAAUGGUGCUGAAGAUCUCGCUGCCCGUCAUCCUGCUUGACGAGUUCCUCAAGUUUGCCUCCAGGAACUACCUGGAACGCGGCAGAGAGCUGGAGAGGCCCGCCAGCUCCAAAGGCUGCUCCCUGUUUGCAUGUAUGGAGGGCAUCUCCUGGCCAUUUGUGGCCAUCUCCCUCCCUCUGGUCCUCUGGAUCUACAGCUCUGACACUAACCUGGCUGAUAUGUUCAUGUCUUGACUGACUUUAGCACAACCAUAACUUUUUUUUUUCCAUUCCUCCCCCAACCCUCACCCACUGCCAUCACUUCUCCUUGUGCAUCUCUCUGCCUUCCUAAUUGUCCAUAGCUACCGCACGCGCGUGUGUGCGUUUGUAGAGUUAGUUGUGUGUGAUUGUGUGAAUGUGUGAGCUUGAGUGCAUGAGAAGAACCAACUGUAAAUCAUGAAACGCAACAAAUAAUAUAAAGAGUUAACAUUUAAGUUGCCUGUUUGAGUUGGGAAUGGCUGAGGCUUGAAGUGACUCCCAUAGCUUUGGACUUUGUUGCUGGUUUAAAAGAAAAAAAUAGUUGUGCCAGUUUUUUUUUUUGUCAUGUUGCCUUGCAGGUAUGUUUUAAUUAUUAGGAUCUGCAUUCUGUCCCAUGUCACUACUCAUAUAAUUUUGUUUAGGUUCCUGUUCUUCGGAACACAAAUUGAAGAUAUCAAAUCAGUUGAUCUGUACAGAGAUUGAACACUAUUUUAUGCAUUUUUUUUAAUGGCUUUGUAAAUUGUUUAACCAGUGUGGCUUAGAGAUACCGCCUUGAUUUAUUUUUUGUUUACCAUUGUGUCUUUAGUAUAAAUUCAAAACUGUCUGAGAGGACAAGCUCCAUUUGGCAGACAAGAAACAAGGGAAAGGUUUGGGAUGCUCGGCUUAAAGAAACAGCAAAACAAAACAGGGAAACAAAAAAGUGCUGCAUGUCCUGUGACCAUGCAUGAAUUAUACCCAGUUUCAUUUCUAAUUUAAGAUGUGUAUGUCCCCCUCCAUUAUUAAAGCAUAAACAGCUUUGUGUAAUCAUUUUUUUUUUUUAAUAUUGAUUAAAAUUAAGUCAUUUUUUUCUGCACUGGGCAGAGCACAGCUACCUCAAUAUGAUGAAAAAAAUGCUUUUUUUUUUUUUUUUUUUUGCUCAUCUCGAGAUGAUUCCCUCAACACGUCUUGUUAAAAGAUAACAUCUGAGGUGUGCCCCCUACCUUCUUGUGCAGAAAACGUAAAAACAUCUUCCUUCCCCUUUAACGUUUUUUUUUAAAGUUGUGUCUUGUUUGUAUUGAUUGUGACAUUCUUUAACUUAAUUUACUUUAGCGACAGAGCUGGGUGCUGUUUGUUGUUACCAUCUCCGUAGUGUUUGAUUCAAAGGACAGUACAAAAUAAAAUACUAAAACAAGUGAUCCAAAUGAACAUUGAUUGCAGAUCAAAACCCCAAAUGUGUUGUCGUUUUUUUUUUUAUUCUACACAAGAAAUACACUCAUAUCACCCUUUGAAUCAAGUGUUGUCUGUCUUCAUUUAUGUUUGAUGCUGUUUUAUAAUUUCCAGUGUUCUUGUGUGUAUAUAUUAGCAUAAUUUAAGAAACUUCAAAGCUUUAGGUUUUCAGACUCGAGAGUAGAAACGUUUGACCAUUAACUUGAAUUUGUGGAUAUUUUCCGAACUAAAGCAUGUUUUUAGGUAGAAGCCUGUUUGUUCUCACUGCCUGUUUGCCCUAACAAAGGUGUGCUUCUUUUUCUUUAAAUGCCUUCCAUUGGCUCUCCUAUCACUAGAGUCGGUUUUCAUAAAAACUUGGCAAUCAGAGCAGAAUGAGAGGUUGGAGAAUCCUCUUGCCACUAGGUGUGUGCUCACUGCUUAUACGCAUAAUUUUGCUCACUGCAGACACCGUGACGACCAGCAGCAUACAUACACACGAGUAAUAAGGUGUUUUCUAAAUGUGUACAAUUAUCCUGCUAGUUGCCCCCAAUCCCCCUCCCACAGUAUAACGCAAACAGUGGCACACAACUCUGUAUAUGCUAAUGUAGGACAUUGAUCCAGCUAUAUGUGCAGGGAUGUCCUCAAAACAUCCCCUCCUGAAUCCUCCUUGCAUGAAAAUCUUCCAUAAGUAGCUCGUCAGUCGCAUAAGAUCAGUUUUGCAGAAGAAAAAAUUGUGUUGAAUGGUCUUAGCUGUACAUCAGUGUACAAAAAACAUUCAUGCAUGCUUUUCAGCUGUAUGUAGGCUUUACAAAUUUGUAUUUAUAGAUUCUAAUGUAUAAUAUACUCAAAAUGACAUGAGAGUUUUAAGAAGGAAAAAGAAAAGUUGUAAAAUCACUUUUUAUUGUAAUGGUUUUGGGUCAUUUGCACAAUGUUGGACAUGGAUAAAUGAUUCAUGCUGAACUUGACUGUGCUUAACUUUAGCUUUUGUUUUUUUUUUUAAAUAGCAUUUUGUUUUUUAACUUAUUUUUAUCACAUCACCUAAUGUGAGAGUAUCGCUCACUCUGCCAGUUAACUCCAUAAUUAGCCGUUAGAGAGUUUAGGUUAACAGACUGUCGCUCAUUUCUCAGUGAAACCUGCAAUACAGCUCCUUUUAAUUUUUCUUAUGCCUUGACAUUCCUAUAAUUAUGUAUCUUUAUCAACUGGUGUAAAACUGUGAUUUAAUGUGAGGGACCCUGUAUGGUCAUCUCCUGACACCCGGUUGGAAAAAAAAAAAACGAUAUAACCAUAUGUAAACGUCAAUCAUUGCUGAAGGCUGAUAAUGAUUGUACAGUACAUACA